CAGAUAGAGUUUUAUAAGGAGAUGCAAUGGAAACAGACAGCAUAUAUGUAUCAACACCUGCUUGAAGGACAGAUAAGAGUUUUAUAAGGAGAUGCAAUGGAAACAGCCAGCAUAUAGAUAUCAACACCUGCUAAACAGAAAGAGAGAAGCAGAAGAGGGAAAUGGAUUCCAAGACAGCAGUAGCUGAUAAGCCUCAUGCAGUUUGUGUUCCAGGCCCAGUUCAAAGCCACAUAAAGUCAAUGCUCAAAAUUUCAAAGCUUCUCCAUCAUAGAGGUUUCCACAUAACCUUUGUGAACACUGAGUUUAACCACCAACGUCUUCUGAAAUCUGGAGGUCCCAACUCUUUGGAUGGCUUGCCUGACUUCCAAUUCAGAACCAUUCCAGACGGUCUCCCUCCAUCUGAUUCAAAUGCCACCCAAGACAUCCCUUCUCUUUGUGAUUCUACUAUGAAAAACUUCUUAGCUCCAUUUUCUGACUUUCUUGUGAAACUCAACGCUGCAACUUCCAAAAAUCCUCCUGUGACUUGUAUUAUCGCGGAUGGUUUCAAUGCAUUCGCUGUCACAGCAGCUCAAGAACUCAGAGUCCCUGUUGUAAUGAACUACCCUGUCAGUGCUUGCGGCGUACUUUGUAAUAUGCAGUUUCGUCCUCUCAGAGACAGAGGCCUCACUCCAUUUAAAGAUGAGAGCUAUCUAACAAAUGGGUAUCUGGACACAGUUAUAGACUGGAUUCCAGGUAUGAACAACAUCUGUCUGAGGGAUCUCCCAACCUUCAUUCGAACUACAGAUCCAAAUGAUGUUUUGUUCAAGUUUUCCGUUGACGCGGCAGACACUUCUCCUAAAGCUUCGGGAGUAAUUAUUAACACAUUUGAUGCGUUCGAGCAAGAGGUUUUGGAUGCUCUCUCCCCCAUGUUUCCUCGCUUAUUUUCCAUUGGCCCUCUCGAACUACUUCUCAAUCGCUUACCCAAUGACCCUCUGAAGUCAAUGGAGUACAGUCUAUGGGAAGAAGAAACAGAGUGUAUCCAUUGGCUUGACACUAAGGCACCCAACUCAGUGCUGUAUGUAAACUUCGGCAGCAUAGCUGCCAUGACAAAACCUCAGCUGAUUGAAUUAAGUUGGGGACUUGCAAAUAGCAAGCACCCAUUUUUGUGGAUAAUCAGGCCUGAUUUAGUUGUGGGUGAAUCAGCGAUUUUGCCACCUGAGUUCACGGUGGAAACAAAAGACAGAGGUCUAAUCGCCAGUUGGUGCCCUCAAGAGGAAGUGUUGAACCACCCCUCAAUUGGUGGGUUCUUAACGCAUUGUGGGUGGAAUUCAAUCGCUGAAAGUGUGAGCGCGGGAGUGCCUUUGCUUUGUUGGCCCUUCUUUGCGGAUCAGCCAAUGAACUGCAAGUAUGCUUGCAACGAAUGGGGAAUUGGCAUGAAGAUUAAUGAUGGCGCCGACAGAGAGGAAAUAGGAAAGCUUGUGAGAGAGUUGCUGGAAGGAGACAUGGGUAAGAAGUUGAAGAAAAAGGCCUUGGAGUGGAAAGACUUGGCCGAAGAGGCCACUGGUCCAAAUGGUUCUUCAUCCAUCAACUUGAACAAUUUGGUGAAUGAAGUUCUUUUACCAAGAGGCUAGAUAUGUUGUUCCGUACCUCGAGUAUGUGAUACUGGUAUUAUAGGAAGUAUAUUUAUGUCUCUCUUUAAGAGAAUAAUUAUGUUAGGUUUUUAAAUAAGGUAAGAGUCGUAGAUUAUUAUUAUUAUUAGGUAAAUAAAGAGUAUUGUUCAUAAAACAAUAUCUCUAAUAGGAAAACAAGGGAUUUGUCUCCCUUUGGAAUUAAUAUUUAUUAUUUAGGGUUUGUAAUAUUUAUUUAAUUAUCGUUCCGUAAUUCUAGCUUUGUAACCCUAUAAAUAGGGUAUUGAAGAAUGGAUAAUGAAACAGAAAAAUUAUAAUUCAA